UCAGCCCUGAAUUCCUGCCAAGCGCCCCCAAACCGAGUUCCGAAUUGCCGUCGAUCGGACGAGCGGGGAAGCUUCAUUCAUUCGUAUUUAUUUCUCUUGACUUCAGUUCGUUAAUUCUCAUUCUUGGUUCUCUCCCUGUCAUCCUGUCACAUCCAUCAUGAUCUUCGAACCACUCAUCCGACACCCCCUUCCCUCCACCGAUCUCCUGACUUACAUCUUCUCCGACCCCAAACAUGACCCCAACAUCCCGGCCUACGUCGACGUGCACGACCCGUCGCGCUCCAUCUCACAUACUCAAGCCAGAGGCAUCAUCCGGCAAUUAAUUGCCGGCCUUCGAGCAUGGGGUGUACAGAAAGGCGACUGUGUCGCCAUCCAUUCCUUCAACGAUAUCUACUACUCCAUGCUCGUCCUCGCCAUCAUCGGCGCAGGAGGCAUCUUCACCGGCACGAACCCGGCCUACACGCCGCUCGAGCUAGCGCACCACUUCAAAACCGCACAGGUGCGCUUCGUGGUCGCCGAGCCCGAGAUCCUGCCCGCCGUGCAAACCGCCAUUAAAGAGUCGCGCAUCCCCGACCGGAAUGUCCGCGCCUUCAACCCCCUGGAGCAACCCGUGCCGAACGGGCUGCGGGGAUGGAAGGAGUUCUUCGACGCCGGCGAGGCGGACUGGGUGAGUUUUGAUGAUGAGAAGGUCUGCGCGGAGACCACGGCCGCGAGGCUGUUUAGUAGUGGGACGACAGGCCUGCCGAAGGCGGUUACCAUCACGCAUCGGAAUAUGAUUGCGCAGCAUGAGGUGGUGUUUGAGGUGAAUCCGAAGCCGUAUCGGGUAACACGUGUCGUGGCAACACCCGUCUUCCACGCCGCAGCCGCGCCCGCCGUGCACUUCAGCACGCUGAAAGGCGGACACACGACGUACCUGAUGCGACGAUUCGAUCUCGCCGAGUUCCUGCGAGCCGUCGAGACGCACCAAGUGACCGAUCUCGCGCUGGUGCCGCCCAUCGCCCUCGCCGUCAUCAUGAACCCUAUGUCGCGGCAGCGACCGUAUCUGAAGUCCCUGAAGUCUGCGGCCUGUGGCGCCGCGCCGCUGGAUAAGUCGGCCCAGGCGAGAUUCCGCUCUUUAAUGGCGGAAGGGGCGCCGUUCACGCAGGUCUGGGGCAUGACGGAGACGAGCUGCGUGGCGACGUUGCUGACGUAUCCGGAGCACGACGAGGGGAGUGUCGGGCGGUUGGUGGCGAAUUUGGAGGCGAAACUCGUCAACGACAAGAAUGAAAACAUCUCGGCGUACAACGUGCGCGGGGAGCUCUGCGUGCGCGGUCCCACUGUCACACCAGGGUACUUCAACAACCCCAGCGCGAACGCCGAGUCCUUCGAUUCUGACGGAUGGUUCCACACGGGGGACAUCGCAUACUGCGACGGACAGACGCGCAAAUGGUACAUCGUCGACCGCAAGAAGGAGCUGAUCAAGGUGCGGGGAUUCCAAGUGGCGCCGCCGGAGCUGGAGGCCGUGCUGCUGAGCCAUCCGCUGAUUGUCGACGCGGCGGUGAUCGGGCUGCGCGGGGUGGUGGCGGACUCAGAGCUGCCGAGGGCGUACGUGGUGAAGAGGCCUGGGGCGGAGGGCGAGAAAUUGACGAAGGAGCAGGUGAGGGAUUAUUUGGAGGAGAGGCUGGCGAAGUAUAAGGCGUUGACUGGGGGAGUGAGGUUUGUGGAUGCGAUUCCGAAGAAUGCCAGCGGGAAGAUUCUGAAGAAGGUGCUGAGGGAGGAGAGUCAGAAGGAGAUUGCUAGGGGGGUGAAGCUGUAAGAGAGAAUAUCUGGCAGCUGGGGUGGUUAGUUUGUUGAUCGCUUCUGCUGGAUCGUUCCUUAGUCUAAAAUGGCCGAGGCUGUUGUCUGCCGGGGUUCAUGGUGAAUUGUUUGUAGGUCCUCGAUUGUAACAACAGAUUGACCUUGCCUGUGUCUUCACGUUUCAAACGAG